AUGAGCCUGGGUGGGGAGCCGGGCGGGGGUGGGGGUCCCGGGGAAGUGGAGCUGGUCACUGCAGGAGUGGGAGAGGAGGGGUCCGGGCCGAGCCGAGAGCUGGAGCCGCUGACUGGCCCCGGGGAUGAGGAGGAGGGGGCGGUGUACCCGGAGAGCAGUGAGCAGCGCUGUACGGGGAAGCUGCUGAAACCUCCCUACUCCUACAUCGCCCUGAUCACCAUGGCUAUCCUGCAGAGCCCACACAAGAAGGUGACCCUGAGUGAGAUCUGUCAGUUCAUUAGCAGUCGCUUCCCUUAUUACCGAGAGAAAUUCCCAGCCUGGCAGAACUCCAUCCGCCACAACCUCUCCCUCAAUGACUGCUUCAUCAAGAUGUCCCGGGAGCCGGGGAACCCGGGAAAAGGCAGCUACUGGAGCCUGGACCCAGCCUCCGAGGGAAUGUUCGAGAACGGCAGCUUCCUGCGCCGCAGACGGCGCUUCAAGAGCUCCCUGGCCCUCUCUGACACGGCCUUCCUCUGUUAUCCUGCGCAGAGCCUCCGGCCGAUACUCCGGGGGGCAGCCGGCAGCUCAGAGGCCGAGCCCUCUCGCCUCCUGCAGAGCACCUCAUUCAGCAUCGAGAGCCUGAUCGGAGCUGGUUCCUCUCCCCCCGUGAGCCUCCCAGCCUGGGCUAGCCCUCCGUACUGUCACCCUUUGCAGUCCAGCCCCUGGCUGCUCUCCACCGUCCUGAACAUGUCCACAAGACGCGUGUACAACUCCAGGAACAACCGUCUGAUGGGAACCCCCUCCACCAGGCUCCCUCUCCGCUCCCCACCCUAA